UUCAUAAAUUAUGGGUUAAAUCAAGCGUUAUUCCAAUCCCUCCAAUUAAAGAAAUGUCCUCCCCUCACAGCGCACCACAGCAAGCCCCAAUCCGCCAAUCGAGAGUGGUCUCCACUAACCCUGAACCAACAACAGAAAGCCUCCGAGUAGUGGAACUUGAACCCGAUGCUAAGAGUAAUUCUAUCAGAAAGAUGGAGGAGAAGAAUCCCAGACGCCGCCUGACAGUUUCUGGUAUGUCUGCUGCCGAGGCAAAGUACAACCCUCGCUACUCUCCAAGGAGCUCUAUGGGUUCGUAUAGUUCCUCUAACAACUCGGGAGCCUCAGGAGCUUCCAAGGAAACAGAAGAAGAUGUCUGUUUCCCAAUGAGCCCACCUCGGGUCCGUGUCAACGGGAUUGACUUUGAAAGAAUGGAAGAGUUCAUCCGUGAAUCGAGAGAUGAAGACGAAAUUUUGAUGGCACACCACCAUUACGAUGAAGAAUCACCAGAUCUUGGUGCUAAGCAGAGGCAAAGCUCAUCUAUGGAAGAUGAUUUUUCUAGCGAAAGGAUUCAGUUUGACACGGGCCUUAAUGAUAUUCCUGACAGAUUCUCAUUCUUCUGUUCUGACUCGGAAGAAACGAUCCAUGCUCCAGAUUUUCCGUCUUUGUUGAGUCCAGGUAAAACUGUCCGGGACCUCUUCAGAGAUGGAGCGCCAACAUGGUGGCUAGACUGUGUGUGUCCUACCGACACUGAGAUGAGAAUGCUCGCCAAAGCAUUCGGAAUCCACCCCUUGACGGCUGAGGAUAUCAGAAUGCAAGAGAGACGUGAAAAGGUGGAAAUGUUCAGAAACUAUUACUUUGUCUGUUUCCAUACUUGUGAGACCGAUUCUGAGUCCGAAGAGUACUUAGAGCCAAUCAAUGUUUACAUGGUAGUGUUCCGCGGGGGAUUCUUGACCUUCCACUUUUCCCCAAUUGUGCACACCUCCAAUGUCAGACGCCGUGUGAGACAAUUGAGAGAUUAUGUGACGGUCUCCGCCGAUUGGCUCUGUUAUGCAUUGAUCGAUGACAUCACUGACGGGUUUGCACCAGCUAUUACAGCCAUUGAGCACAAAGCAGAUGCCAUCGAAGACUCUGUGUUUGCGCGUGAGCUGGAUUUUUCUCUGAUGUUAUUGCAGAUCGGUGAUGCUAGAAGACGUGUGAUGACGUUGAUGCGAUUAUUGACCAACAAAGCGGACGUGGUCAGAAUGUUUGCCAACCGAUGCCA